GCUAAAGUGAAGGUUACACCCACGUACAAAUAAAUUCUAGAUCGGGCAUUCCUCGACUCAUUCCUGAUCAUCAAUCAUCAGAAGAAAAGUGUAGCCAGUAGUUGAAGACAGACUAUACAACGUACAGCUUCCUGGAUCAAAGCUAUCAGUACUGCCUCUCCAUGGCAUCUCCUGCAGUUGUAGAUCACCCUAACAGCACCAGUGCCCCACUCUCCCCGUCACACCUGUUGGACAACGAGGACGACUAUUUCACCAUUGACGAGUGCUCCACCGUAGACGGGACAGGGACAUCUUCACAACACAGCCACUCACAUCAUAGUACCCCAGAAAAUGAUAGCAGGAAUGAACGAAAUUCCAAUACAGAUCAAAACCGUGAAAAACCCCAAAGGCUUCCAUCAGUAUAUGACAGUGAUUACGAGAACACGUCAUCGGAUGGGCAAAUACUUGCUGACAGCAGCGAUGAAGAGAGUGAGUCCAUUGGAAGAAAGAGGAUUGUUCUGGUUCAGCAGGUUCAGCAGGAGCAGGAUUACGUCAAUAGCAGCGACCUAGAUCGUGAGAUGGAAAUAGUGACGAAAGGUAGUGUACGUCACCUUGUAAGCACUCGUAGUGAUGCAUUACGAGGAACUGAGAUUUCAGAACCUGACUAUGUCAACACUGAUGAUGAUAACACUGCUUUAUCUAGUACACAAGAGCCUGAUUAUAUGAACACUGACGAUCUCAUCAAUGCCCAGUUGUUUUCGGACAAUAUCAAACUGAGAGAGGACAUUGUGUUAUCAACAAGUUUUGGUGAGUCUAUGCACCCGUUGAGGGACACAGGGGAAACCCCUGGUGAGGUGUCAUGUGAUCCGCUCCCGCCCGGGAUGGUUCAGAGGAGGUUUGCACCAAUACGAAAGUGCUCCACUUUGCAUAGAGAGUCUGAGAUCAAAAUUGAAGCUGUUGAGAAGGACGCCCGGUCGGAAUACUUAGAAGGAGGUGACCUUGACCCCACGGUACUCAAUGUACAUGCUGUCCCUAGAGACUCAGAGCUGGCCAUCUCAUCUGGUAACAUGCUGCUCACUGAGAGAGUCAAGUCGAGCAUCGCGCCAUUCACUACGACGCCGAAUUACCGUGGUGUUCGUCCUAACACUGGCCCUGAUCUCUCUGGACUGGGCACGUUUGAACGAACCCUACUCCAAACCACCAGUCCCACCUCAAUGCCCAAUGUUUUGCAAAUACCGUGGUAUCACGAGGGGAUCACAAGACACGUUGCUGAAUCACUGCUCACUGCCAAGUCUGUACCUGAUGGCACUUACCUCCUUAGAGACAGUCUCCAAGGGGGCAACGAGUCCCUAACACUCUCUGUGAGGUGUCAGAGGACAGUGAAGCACUACCGCAUUCUGUGGGACGGAAAUCAAUUCACUUUUGGGUUAGGGAAGUUCUCUGAUAUCCAAACACUGAGAGAUCACUUUGACAAUCAGCCAAUCAUCAGCGGAGAGUCAGGUGUGCUUGUCCAACUCACUCACCCGUACCCCAGAUCAGUGGCCGAGCCCGCCAUCUACUUUGACCCUGAUAUAGUGCCCCAAGAAGAAGUUCCUGCAGCUACAUCUACCACUAAUGGUGAGCGACCAGUGGCCAAGAAAUGGGCCAAGAAGGAGAAAAACAUUAAGAGUGUUGGACAGUCGACACCUGAGCUUUCUGUAAACUCAAAGGAAGGGUUCUUGACAAAACUAGGCUAUCAUGUCAAGAAUUGGAAGAAGCGAUGGUUUGUGCUCUAUCGUAACGAGCUCAAGUACUUUUCGAGUCAGGGCAGCAAGGAGCCCCUGAAGGUGAUUGACCUUAAUGAUGUCACUGCUGCGGAGAGGGACGAAUCACUAGGCAAGAACUACUGCUUCAAGCUUGUGACCUCAAGUCGUACCUUCUUCAUGUUUGGGGCGUCUGAUGCUGAGGCUAAUGAGUGGGUGGAGAUACUCAGCUGGAAACUGGGGCAACGAUCAAGAUCAAAUACAAGUACCAGAGAUUGAACUCAUUAAUUACCUUUCGUCCAACGUUCAAUAGUUUUCAACAGUUUUUUAUCUUCAUUCUUCUUGUGAAUUCUCCAUCCAAAUACACAUGAUGAAUUUUAAUUUG